AUGUACCAGCAUCUCAAUGGGGCUUACCCCUCCCCAUAUUCACCACAUCACCUGGAAACGCCCAGCGACGUCUCAUUAAAUGAUUGCAUCCCCGGUCUACAAUCUCAGCAUAUACUACAAGUCCUGCCUUCUAAACCAACGUUAGACGCUCUGAUAGAAUCUUUCUUUAGUGAUAUCAACCAUCACUAUAGUAUAAUAAACCCAUCCUUGUUCAUACAGCAAUAUGUCGACUGGUCUACAAAAACAGAGCAAGAGCAGUACCAAGAUGCUCAGCUGACAACGCUCAUUUUGAUGAUUUGCGCGUGUGUUACACAGCAGCUCCCGCAGGGUAAUGCAACCCAACUAUCCGAGAGCUUGUCCACGGACUAUCAUAGCGCUGGUCAAAGGCUUGCCAUGACAACAUCCGCUGGGCUGUACAGUUUGACAAAUCUUCAGUGGAAGGUGCUCUCAAUCUGUUGGUUCCAGGGUGAAGCCAGGUUUAUUGAGGCAUGGCACACAAUCGGGUUGGCGAUCCAAGAAGCAUACGAGCUAGGUUUCCAUCAAGCCCGGCCUUGCACAGCAGAGUCGAGAACAGAGGCACAGAUUGGACGUCAGAUCUGGCGGACAUUGCAUUGCUGGAACUGGCAAUUGUCCCUGACUCUGGGACGUCCGAUGAUAAUGAACGAUAUCGACUCAGAACCUGAUGUGGAAGUCAAUCUGGCGACCGUACCACCUUCCCCGACACUCUCUACAAGGCUACAAUACGAGCUUGUAUCAUCUCUUUCCAAGCGCUGGCAUACUCCCCAUCGUAUCGACUCACCGACAGAAAUUCGCGCCCAUAGCCAAGUGGUUCAGACAUUCUUACAAUCUCUACCACCUGUCUACAGGAUUGACAACACUGACACGACGAAUGACCAAAAAUGGCCAUGGCUAAUAACACAUCGUUACUACGUCCAAGCCAUGGCGUAUUUCAUUAUUCUUCAACCAUAUAAAGCAUAUUUGUCAAACCCGUCCAUCGACCCAAUGAUGCCGGAGGUACAAAAGAUACAACAAGAAGCAACACAGUAUUCUUUGAACGCGUUGAAUGUGGCUCGACAGUGGUCAUCGCACGCGCUGGAUGGAAAUGUUCACUUCCAUCUUGUUGUUUUGUGUCUAUUCGACACGGCUGCAUUUUUGAGUACAACUUUGGCCAGAGACAAUAUGCUGCAGAAGGGAGAUGCUAUGGCUGCAAUUGAAAAUGCGACUAUAGCAUUGCGGCAGCUCGGAAGGACAUCGCAGGGUGCAAAGACGUCACAUGUUCUUCUGUGCCGUAUUCUCAAAGGAGCGGCAGAUCGUGCGAAAUGA